CUGAAAACUUAAAAUAAAUGGUGCCGGCAUCUUCCGAUAGACAUCAUUGAUCGACGUUCCAUACUGGGCGAUUUGAACCCGUGAUUUCGGCUUACCAGCACGUGAACGACAUGCCUUCAAAACAACCACCGACGUUAGGUAGUCUAGCUGUUCAGGCGACACCGCACUUGGUUCAUGUCUCACCAUCAACAUGUCACAACCUCAGCAUGUUCAAAGACCUUCUCAAAGAAUAUCGUAGACUGGAUGAUACGAUUACUAUGCGGCUAAAUCGCUCAAAUGCACAGUUCCGUGAUCGUGAUCGUGCAGGGACAAGCGGCAAAGGCAAUAUUCAGGACCAAGCUUGCGCGUACGUAUGGAAGGAACUGGUCGAAAACUGGAAACGGCGUACAGAAAUGAUAAAUUAUUGCGUCGAUAUUGUCGAUCAGUCCAUGGAGGAGAAGCGAAAGUCAUUGACAAGCGAAGAAGGCGAUGCCAGGGCUCAAAGAAAGACGCAAGCAGCCAUGUUUGCGGAUGAGGUGAAGAGAAAUCAAGUUCACAAUGAAUUAGCCAUCGAGAAGAUCGUGCGCCAGCGAUCACUUGACGCGUUUCGAUCAAGGUGUCAAUAUUUUUCGCCUCCUUUAACGGAUUCCGAGGCGCGGAAGUGGUGGGAUGCUGUUCACAUUCAAGAAUCGCCGUAGGCGAUGCUAGAAGCCUGAGUACUAUGAGUUGCUUAUAUAAUCAUGAUAAUGAUGCAAUAGCGGAAGCACUUUAGAACAGCCUGGGCAUUGUUUCUUGCUUAUAUAAUUAUGGUGAUGAUGCCACAAGUUCCAGC